CCUAAUAUAAUGCUUUUUUGUAUAUUUUCUCCAGUACAUGCAUUUAUGUGCACCCUUAACCCUAUACAUUUUUUUGCACAAACAUUAUCUGGCCGAAGAACUGCACAGCAAAAUUCAGAGAAGUGCAAAUUGGAAGGGAUGGCUGUAUCAUUUUGGAAAGCACGAAUCUCGCCUUGAAAUCCAAACUGAAUCGAAUUUCCCAUCCAUCCCAAGCCAAAGACGGCUUUCUGGAAGAUUAUUUGCUGAAGGCAAACAGCUUCCCUGGGCACAGCAGAGAGAGAGACACUGGCCACACAAUUCUGCUCAGAGGAGUGCCCUGCAGUACCUCUCCAUAUCUCUCCCUGGGGAAAAAGAUACAGCUGGAGCCACCCUGGAUCCCAACAUCAAAGAGCCGCUCCUCUGCAGGGAGCCGGGCGAAGAUUAUCAAGCUUUGGGGGAGAAGGAUGCCCGGCAAGUGGAGAAAGAAUAUUACCGGACUCUUAAAAACCAGCGGCUCUUCCUGGCCACGUUUGCUGCCGUGUUGGGGAACUUUAAUUUCGGGUUUGCUUUAGUCUACACCUCCCCGGUCAUCCCUGCUUUGGAAAAAACUCCAGUCCCCAAUUUGAAACUAACAGAGGCAACAGCAUCCUGGUUUGGGUCCGUGUUCACCCUCGGAGUUGCUGCAGGCGGUUUGGGCACCAUGUACUUCAACGACUACCUGGGCCGCAAGCUGAGCAUCAUGAUCUCCGCUGUCCCAUCUGUAAUUGGGUAUCUCUUCAUGGCCAGCGCUCAAGAGAUCUGGAUGCUGCUGGUGGGCAGGCUCUUAACAGGAUUUGCAGGGGGCGUGACUUCCGCUUCCAUCCCGGUCUACAUUUCCGAGAUUUCUCACCCUGGGGUCCGAGGUGCUUUGGGUUCCUGCCCUCAGAUCAUGGCUGUCUUGGGCGCCCUUUUUCUCUAUGCUUUAGGCCUCAUUGUCCCCUGGCGCUGGUUGGCGGUGGCCGGGCAGGUGCCUGUCCUUCUCAUGAUCGUCCUGCUGUGCUUCAUGCCUGACUCACCUCGUUUUCUGAUCUCCAAGGGGAAGGAGGACGAGGCCCUGCAGGCGCUGAGGUGGCUGAGAGGAACAGAUGUGGAUUACUGGUGGGAAUAUGAGCAGAUCAAGGACAGCGUGAAGGAGCAGAGCAAACCGAUUUCGUGGGCAGAGAUCAGGCAGCCUUACAUCUGCAAACCGCUGGCGAUCACCUUGCUGAUGAGGUUCCUGCAGCAGCUCUCCGGGGUCACCCCCAUCCUUGUAUAUUUGCAGCUGAUAUUUGAGAGCACGGCCGUCAUAUUGGAGCCACAAUACGACGCUGUUAUCGUGGGGGCCGUCCGCUUAGCGUCGGUGGCGGUUGCCGCGUUCUCAAUGGAUAAAGCUGGAAGGAAGAUUCUUCUGUAUAUCUCAGCCAGCAUCAUGCUCGCUUCAAACCUGACCUUGGGCUUCUACAUCCACUACCUCCCUCAACAUUCCCAUAAUUCCUCAGCGAUUAUGGUGAACGGCAGCAGCCACGAGGGCCCAGCCACCAGCCUGAGAAGCGGCCUGAUGGUCAUCCCUCUGGUCGCCACCAUGUUCUUCAUCAUAGGUUAUGCCAUGGGCUGGGGUCCUAUAACGUGGCUGCUCAUGGCUGAGGUUCUCCCGCUGAAGGCCCGAGGGGUGGUGUCUGGUCUGUGUGUGCUCGUGAGCUGGCUGACUGCCUUUGCCUUGACAAAAGUCUUUCUGUUGGUUAAGGAGAAGUAUGGCUUGGAGGUGCCUUUCUUUUUCUUCAGCGCCAUCUGCGUGGUGAACCUUAUCUUCACAUAUUUCAUUCCCGAAACCAGAGCCAGGUCCUUGGAGCGCAUUGAAUCAUACUUCCGCACAGGGCGGAGGUCAUUUCUGGAAUCCUUCCGACGCCAUAAAUGAAAGUUCAAAACUAAUUCAAGUCCAGGCGUUAUGGAGAGUGAGAGGGACUUUUGAGGCUGAGACAGGUUGACCAUUGUGGUCGCUGUUCUCCAAGUGAAUAGAUCUCAUCAGUCCUUAAACUGGGACAGGGGAAAGAUCAUGAGCUAUUGAUGCUCGUUUACAUUUGUUAAUUUUCUUAAAACUGAAAGGUACUGUAGCAGCUAAGGGAUUGCGAUACAUCUCAGAAAGUUCUCAGCUGGAAGCUUCCGUCAGCCACAAACUUAUUAAAAUGGUUGAAGGCAAGCCACUCUCGCUGUAUUAGUGCUGCAAUUUGAAAAUAGCACUGACCUACCUUGCAUGGUUAAGGACUGCUGCUAGGGCGUGUCUGUGAAGCACUUUGAACCUGCUAAACCAGGGUUGCCAACCCUUUGGGGCCAGCGGGCACAUUUGGAAUUUUGAGAAAGUGCCAUGGGCGCCAGUCACAAAAUGGCGGCUGUGGAUAUGUGUGGCAUAACACAAAAUGGCUGCCACAUCUAAAAGAAGAGAAGAGUCAGGGCCAUAAAAUGAGUGAGCAUGCCCUCCAUUAGCAUCCUUAUCAAUGGGGAAAAGGUACCUUGUUAGCCACUGCUGUGCUUGCUCACAGACAGGAGCGCUUUGCAACCCUCCUCUUUUCAGAAUAGAAGGAAGGGUGGGGGCCAGUCUUGGCAUCCAAUGAAAUGCGGCCCUGUUUAAGGGGACAUGUUCAGUAUCGAAGAGGCCUAGCCAGUGCAAACAGGAACUAAGCAGGAAGAGCAAGCAGUCUCUCAUGCAUUGCAAUUUUUUGAGGGGAUAUUUACUGAGAUCUUUCGCAGGCACCAUACGAGGUGCUGGCACUCUGCUGUAAAACGUCACAGUGUAAAGUGUUAUAUAAAUGUAAACCAUCGUUCAUACUUAAAAUGAUCAUAGACUAAAAGCACACACACUUGUGGAUCCUUUCUGGGCGUGCACAGCAACUAUUUUAUGAGCAAAUAUGGCAAAACAUUAAAAUGUACAUGCACUAAUCGUGGCGAGAUGAGGGACAGGAAAGUGGCAACUCAGUGGAGAUUUUUCUCUAAUAAAUACAUUUUUACAGGCAAGCCAUAUUUCAUAAUAUGCAUUUUUGAGUAUGAUUUUCACCCAUAUUUUCCUUUUCAUGCACACUUUCCCCUAACAUAUGCGUUUUUGUAAACCUUGUUUGGUUGACAAACUGUGUUGAAAAAUUCAAAUAAGUGCGAAUUUCGGAGGACGGCUGUAUUGCAUGCCUCGUUUAGGAAAGUGCGAAUUUGAUGGGUUCAGGCUGAAAUGUGAACUGAGUCAAAUUUCUCGGCCAUCCCCAACACAAACACACACACACACCCAACUGUAGUAACGAGUCUUUGAAAGCACUAAAGUUCUUACCAGAGGUAGAAUGGUCUUUUUAUUCACUGCAUACACACACAAAGAGGACCAGCUUUUAGGCAGCUCAUAAACUGGUGGAUGCCAAGAGAUUCUCUAUAUUAUAAAAAAAAUUGGUUUACUUGGAUCAAAACUUUCACCACAGAACAGCAUGGAACUGACGCAAGCCAGCAUUGUUAACUGUAGAUUCUUGAGCAGGAGGAGAUGCUUGCCUCUGGCCCUUUCCACCACUAGCAUGCGGUCCCCGGAAGGUUGAUGAGAAGGGCUGGAAAUUUUUCUCCACUCCUGCAUUACAGGAUACAUGAUCUCUCAACCCAUGACUAAUUACAGGAUAAUUCAAAUCCCAGA